ACUUAAUUUUAAAAUCUAAUAAUUACUUCAUUAGGGUGGGUACAAAACAAACAGUAGACAACAUUUCCAUUAUAAAAUAUUCAUACGUUAAAAACUAUUUAAUUUAUAUAGAACGCUUAUUACAUUUUAAGUACAUGUUUAAGUACUAAGCUAAGAAAAUAAUUUAAGAUUAGGUACAAUUUCAGUGCUUCAAAACUGUCCCUAAUAAACAAGGUUUUUAUUGCAUUUCCGCACACUGUCACACUCCGCCCCCAAUUCGUGGUUCUGGGUUUUCGUUGUAAAUAGUAAUAAUAACAAAGUGAUGCUGCACCUGACGGGCCAGAACUACAAUGCCCGCGACAUAAUCCGGAACAUCUUUUCGCCGCUAAUCGGAGUUCUGAGCAGUCCACAGGCGGACGAGAUCUGCCACCGGAACAACCUUUCGUUCGUGGAGCUCCUGCAGCCUUUUGCAAAGUUGCCCAACGAUGCCCACUUCCGUGAUGUUUCCGGCACAAGUGUGUCAGUGCGAGGACUACGCCUUAAUUUCUGUGAUGUGGACUGGAGGCCGCCGCAGACAGUUCUGGCCAGAAAGAUGCUCAACGAAUCGGUGACCAAUGCCAACAAUGACAAAACCAGAAUAACUACAAUAGCGGACAUCGACCUGGAACUACCUACAUCGGAACCGUGGUUCGAGCAAUGGCGUGAAACCUUCUUGACUGUGCAAUUCCCGGCCGAGCAUGAGUUCACCCGACAUCUACUGAGCUGCCUGCUGGUGCUAUCCAGUGCUGAUCCCCAUAUCGUGGAAACAGCUCACAAGUUGGUCCAGAGAGUGCAACAGAUGCAGAGUAUCACACCCCAGAAGUUGCCAAAGUGGUUUCAUCCUACGGAGGUGCUCAACAGCUAUGUGGUGCUACACGAGGCCAGCCAAGGGGAUCUCUCGAAGGCCCAGCAGGGAUUCGAACUUUUAAAGUCCACCUUCGGGAACAGCAAAUGCUUUCUGGUGUCUGUUAAUUCACUGGAUGGCCACAGCGCUCCCGAAGUACCCGACCACUGGACCACUUUUAUCAAAAGGCAACCGAAGAGCGACGCCACUAUACCCUCGACGGAUCUCAGUGCCCCCAAGUCCCCGCAAGAAGCUGUUUCUGUCAUCAGUAUGCCCGCAAUGCAAAUGUCCCAGCUGUUGGAGGGCGCCAAUCCCCAGGACACCGAUCUGGCCAUGCUGCACCCGCUGAGUCCCAUGCAAGAAAGUGCCACGGAAGCCAUCAACUCGAAAUUCAGCAUAAGCAGCGAAAGCAUCGCUUCCCAGACCAUUAACCCCAAUGUUUGGGCCAACGAUCUGGAGGCGGAUGCACCACACGGUGGCUGCCUCACUUCACGGGACAUCGACAACCUGCGUCACUUUGUGCAGGACUAUGCUGUGCGUGCCUUGAUACCCUACAUUGAACAUCUGGUGGCCACCCUCGCCGAGGGUGUGACCAACAAGAAGGGUGUGAGCAAGUCCCUGCUCAGCGCGACCAAGAGAUGGUUCGUCACCAGCAAGCCAGGUGCAGGAGCUAAUAAUCAAAAUGCAGUGAUAUACACCAACGAGUCGGCGGAACUGCAAACACGGAAGCUGGGCGACCUGUACUUCAUGUUUGGCCAUUACAACCUCGCAUUCCAAGCCUACCAUCAAGCCAAACGCGACUUCAAUGCGGACUCGGCAUGGCAGUACUAUGCAGGAGCUCUGGAAAUGGCAGCUCUGUCUGCUUUCAUGCUGGGCACCGCCCACCGAAAAACUUAUGACUACAUGGAGGACGCCAUUGUUUGCUACUUGACGGUGUGCAAAUUACAACAAUUUGCCACUCGAGCUACUCUCCUCAGCAUGGAAUGUUUGAAAACAGCGCGUCUUUACAACGAUGUGGCCAAGCAAUUGAUUCGCAUGACCAACGAAGAGUCGGAUCUGCGGUCUGCCUUGCUCUUGGAGCAGGCGGCCUACUGUUUCCUGGUCACCCAACCUCCCAUGCACCGGAAAUAUGCCUUUCACAUAGUUCUGGCUGGAAAUCGAUACUCGCGAGCUGGCCAAAGGAAGCAUGCCUAUCGCUGCUAUCGCCAGGCAUACCAGGUCUUCCAAAAACGGGAGUGGAGCCUGGCCGAGGAUCACAUUCAGUAUACGGUGGCCAAGCAAGCUUAUAUGCUGAAGCAGCUGGAAGAGGCCAGUCGCUCCUUUGCGCAUUUAUUGCGGCCCGGAAGCUUGCAAAGUGCCCAGCAGCAGAGUAGUUUCCUAAAGGAAUACAUCCAAACGCAGAAUGAACUCCUCAAGCGCAGUCCUGAGUUGGGCCUUCUUCCCCAUGCCUUACCGCAAGUGGUGCAAUCCUCCGUGCGUGUCCUGACUUUAGUGCAAUCGCCAUCAGCCCUUGCGCCUUUGGUGCCCGCUACCAACAUAGACAUAAACUCCAACCUAACGACAGACGAGUCUGUUUGGAACAAGAUCGAGGAGAUGCUGGUUAUCACGGCAGCCAACAACAAACCGUUUGUGUUUAAGCCCUCUCGAUACUUGUAUACGAAGCAACAGCCUGCCCUGGAAACCCCUGUAGCCGUGCAGGGUGAACCCAUCGAACUUUCCGUAACCCUGUCCAACAGCGUCCGAUGUGGCAUUGCGCUCACCGAGAUCGAUUUGCUUUGGAAACUAACACUGGACAACGAUGAAGUCCUCUCCAAUGCCUGUGUUUAUGAGGAGUCUGCUGAUAGUGCCAGCAAGAUCGCCGUAAGAGCCGCCAUUAAAACUACUUGUGUGGGAUCUAUAGAGCUGGCCGAGCAAGCAGAGCAGACCCUACACUUUAAGCUGAUAUCUAAGCUAACCGGUCGUCUCAAUAUUUUGGGAGUUGUCUGUCGAGUGGCAGCUACUGCUGACCCAGCAGCCAGUCUUCUGGGCUCCUUGCAAUUCGAGACGCAAAGGAUCAGGUCUAAUAAUGCCAAGCAGUCCUCGCAGUCCCUGCUGGAUAACCGAUUGAGCAUUAAACUGGUGCCGACGCUACCCGCUAUGAGUGUGAGCUUCAGUCCUGUGCCCAGCAAGCUAUUGGCUGGCGAAAUUGUUCCUGUUUACGUGACGCUUCGGAAUCUUGGAAUAGCUCCGAUCGAAGAGAUCUUUCUGGGAUGCGAUAAUCCCCGCUGCUUGACGCUUCUAGAUCAGCACACCCAAAUGCCCCUGGCAAUGAUGAGCUCUCUUCGCAACUUAUCGAAUGACAAACUCGUCAAGGAUAAGGAAAUCCGGGGACAGCGCGUUUUCCGCCUGCUGCAGCGUCCCAGCCAGGCUGCCCUAGAGGCCCAACAGGGUCAAACCAUUACCAUGUGGCUACAGGCACCACACGAGGCUGGUGCCUUCACCCUCCGCUUGUUGUUCUACUACUCCCUGCCGGCGGCGGCAAACGCACCCAUAAAAUAUCGCUUAGUUCGCCACAUUUGGGAGUUGCAGGUGGAGAGUUGCCUGCAAGCUGAUUCCACAUGCGUGGUAAGCAAUGGAGCAACGAACGAGCUGGGCCUGGAUGUCAACGUAAGGAACCAGCAUGCAGUAGAGGGAACGGAGGUGUAUAUUAAUACCCUAUCCCUGUACUCCAAGGAGUUUAAUUUAAAUCCUGAUAAACUCUUUGUCAUGAACAGUGUGGGAGUGAGACCCGGACAAGCAGGAGCCCAAUGCCUCAAAUCUUCCAUUGGCUGCAAUUUUCAGUGUCGCCUACAGGAGAGAGACACGAAGGAAGAAUUCCAAGACAUUCCAACGAUCAAGACACUGCUGCAAUCUCGGUUAUCACACCUGAAGGUCAUGCCAGCACAGCAUGUCCACCAGGUGGAGCAGCACUUGCCCGCCAUUCAUGAUCCGCACAGCUUUCUCACCAACGAGGAGACCGUUUUCUUCAAUACCAACAUCUCCACGGAAGAGUUUAAUGCCAGCAUCGCUGGCUAUGUGCCACAUGCCACUCUGGCCUUGGGAUGGAGUGCUCUGGUGGCCAGGGAAGAGGGUCAGCGGUUGGCAAGUGGACUGCACUUCAUAAAGCUUUACAAACUCUACGAAACAGGGCACUGCCCGGCGUCGCCCGCUGAGUCCUUAUUGCGGCGAAGGCAUUCUUCCGAUGCGCCCUUAGGAAACCUCCGGGAGUUCCCACUUCCAGAGGGCUCUCUCAACAAUGAGGAGGCCUGCGAACUGGUGGUCGACGACCAGGAGGAGGACUACUGGGAGCCCAAUGAGCACUUUGUCGGCCAACGCUGCCUCCUCGAGGACGAGAGCUUCGUGCUGGCUGUUAAGGCUUAAAUCUUUUAUUAAUAAAUGUGUCUAUAAAUCUUUA